AUGAGUUCCAAAAUUUCAUUUGAGGGUAAGGCAAAUGCUGUGAGUAAAUCGGUGGGAGCAAAUGAAACUGGGACUGAACUGAGUGAAGUGGAGGAGGAACAUCAUGUCAAACCUGGAGAAAAACCUUUCAGUCACUCAAAGACUAAACAGACAUUUUUAAAGAAAAGAGCCAAGCAAUCUACAACCUGCACUCAGUGUGGAAAGAGUUUCACAACCAAACAACAUCUUGAGCGUCACAUGAUGAUCCACACAGGAGAGAAGCCGUUCACAUGUGAUCAGUGUGGAAAGAGUUUCACUCAAUCAUCAUCCCUUAAUGUUCACAUGAUGAUCCACACCGGAGAGAAGCCGUUCACAUGUGAUCAGUGCGGCAAAACAUUUAUCUGUGCAUCAGACCUGAAGAAACACCUGGCAGUUCAUAUGAAGGAGAAGCCGCAUUCAUGUUCUGUGUGUGGAAAGAGUUUUUCACGGCAGCAAACUUUACAUGGACAUGAGAAAACUCACACUGUGAGAGAGUACAUGUGCUUUGAGUGUGAGAAGACUUUUACUAAAGCAAGCAAUUUAAAAGUGCACCAGAGAAUUCACACCGGAGAAAAACCUUACAAGUGUUCACACUGUGACAAGAGAUUCAGUCAGUCAUCAAAUCUGAAAACACAUGAGAGGAUCCACAGCAGAGAGAAGCCGCACACGUGUGAUCAGUGCGGGAAGAGUUUCUCUAUUAAAAGUGGCCUGAAGCGACACAUGAAGAUCCAUGCAGUGGAGAAACCACUUAAACACAGUCUGAGAUCACUGUAGUUUAUUUUCAUGUGCUGAGCAACAAAGUCUCUUCUGUGUAAGUUAGCCACACAUCACCCUAUAGCCAAAUCUCUCCUCUCCCCCUAUAGCCGGUGUGUGGUGAGCACAGGACACUUUGUUCAU